AUGAUUGCCGCCGCGAAGCGGAAAUUCCUAGAUGGAAUGAACCGCCGGUACAUUUACGGGCGUGUGCCUCUCCUACACACGAUUAUUUUCCUCAUCGAGAUGGCCGUAGCUACUCGCAUUGCUGCCAAGUUCAACACCUAUUAUGCUGAAAGACCAGUACUCACGACCAUGGUCACCAACGCGGUGCUUGGUGGGGUGGCCGAUACGGUGGCGCAAUUGAUCACGGCAUUCAGGCACCGAACGCAGCAACGAUCACUGGAGAACAACGACUUCAUUGCGAUAGAGAUUGAAGAUUUGAAUAGACAGAAGCCACCUGCUGUCGGGGAGUUUGGAUUUGUCAAAGCCUCAGCGCCGCCGUUCGACUUUGAGCGCCUGACCCGGUUCAUGGCGUAUGGUUUCUUCAUGGCCCCCAUACAAUUCCAGUGGUUUGGCUUUUUGUCCCGGGCAUUCCCCCUCACCAAAGCAAACCCGACAACUCCUGUUUUCAAGCGUGUCGCCUUUGAUCAAUUUAUCUUCGCGCCAUUCGGUCUGGCUUGCUUUUUCUCCUAUAUGACGAUUGCCGAAGGUGGUGGAAAGAGAGCUUUGACACAGAAGUUCCGUGAUGUAUACCUUCCGACUCUCAAAGCCAACUUUGUAUUGUGGCCGGCAGUGCAAAUUCUGAAUUUCCGGGUCAUUCCCAUCCAAUUCCAGAUUCCUUUUGUCUCGUGCAUUGGUAUCGCGUGGACCGCAUACCUCUCGCUUACCAACUCCUCCGAGGAGUCCUAA